AUGUUCUUGCGCGGUGACGAUCUCGGCUCUACCACGCCAGAUGAACACCAGACCUUCCGCGUCCUUGAUGACGGCUCCAAGCUACCCCUACCACCUACUCUUGAUCCCAUAGUCGUCGCGCAAAAGUCGCGUUCGAAGAAAGAAAAGGAGCAGCCCGAUGUUUCGAAAUUCACGCCCUUCCAGAAAAAGCUGCGGGAAAAUCCGUACGCCCACGCCCUCGCCUCGCCCGUCCGCAUCGACCGCUCCCUCUCCACUAUCCUCCCCUCCGACCUCCUCAUAACUCUCCAUCUAAAACCGCACGCGACCACCGGUGAACCCUGGCUCCUCCCCCUCGGUAUUUCCUCCUCUAAAGUCCUCAAGCAUCAUGGUCCGCCCUUCCGCUUCCUUGCACACAGACAAAACGUCCAAUAUUUCACGACCAAGAAAGAUGUGUGGAGGAAAGCACUUACCGCGCGGCAUGUGUCACAUUUGGGGACGAAGGGGUUGAGACAGUUGGUAUGGAGGAAAGAUAUGCCUGCAUUAUUGCUGGAGUUGUUGCAGAAAAGGGUGGUGGACAAGUUGGCAUGGUGGUAUAAAUGGCGGGGACGCCUUGUCCCUAUUCCCUCUCCUUCUCCCUCAGACCUGGACGAAGUAGAGGAGGUCUCGUGCGUACUGUUCUACGGCAGCUUGAAGACACGCGCAGACGAGAUACAGGCGGAGGUCAGUGCCAUCGUGGCCGAAGCGGAUAAGUGGAGUGUGUAUUUCCGCUCUGGGUACGGCUCGUACUUCGAUCCGCAUGUGAAACCCAAGGAUGGGAUGGCGAAAGCAACGCACAACCCACCGACGUGGUACGAGCCGCUAGUCCCUCGCCUCGCGGCGCGGGCGCAGUUCCCGCCGCUGGAGUUUGAGACGACGAAAUGGAGGGGGAGGAAAGUUGCGCUGUAUAGCUUGACGGAUAUGUUGGGUGAAGAAAGGGCAAGGCACUUGGUGGCGGGGACGGAAUAUGAGGGGGAUAGAUGCUGGGUGAUGAAGCGGGCUCGGCACAAUGUGCCUGCGGAGUUGCUGCUUAUGCAAUUACAAAGCUAUCUCGCGGAGCCGGGGCCGUUGUGGGAGCCGCAGAAGAAGAUACUUGUGGAGUCCGUAAGCAGUCCUCUAGGUUCGCAACAGAACGAAAAGACACCCGAAAAGGCGCCCACCAAGCGUUCAUCGAAGCUGGAUCAAUUCUUUGAAGUGGUUACUGAGAGGUAUUCAAAGUUGUAG